AUGAAUGAAGUAAGAGCUGAGGAGAAUCAGGUGGUACUUCUUCCCAAGAAAACCGUAUGGCAGCAGUUUACAAAGGUGUGUACAUCCUUUAUUCCAUCUUUCAUUCUGGGAAUAUUUGGAAUGAAGUCUAAAGAGAUGCAAAGCGCGUGGAGAGAGAAGGUGGCGCUAUGCUGGCUUAUUGCUCUGGCGUGUAUGUUCCUAUCCUUUAUCACAUAUGGACUGACUAUGCUUGUCUGCAAGCCGCAGCUGACCUAUACCAUGGAAACAAUGAAUGAAAUAAGCACCUAUCCUUGGUUUGCUGCCCGUGGAAAGAUAUUCCGUGUGGAGUCUGGGGAUAAGAUGGAGAGUUACUCUGGGAGUGACAUUUCUUCUAUGUUUAAAAUUAAUGCACCAAGCUGCACGCAGGCAUUUCCAGGAUACUCCCCAGGCAAAGCAGGAGGUUUGAACCUGCAUGACUACGCAGAAGUGGCGCCUGUUCACUACACGUGGUCUUCUGUGCUUAGCAACGAGCUCACUGUAAUAGGAUCUGGCGUAUAUGAUUCAAAAAACAUAAAUCUCCCGGAUAAGCUGGAUAUACUGAGCGGAAGUGUUGAUGCAACCAGAGCGAGUGAGGGCCUUUCUCCAAAAGAGCUGCAGUGCUUUAAAGAGAUGUGCUAUGCAGGCGAACUUGCUCUUCAGUCAACUGGGUGCCAGCUGACCUAUUCUUUUCUGUACUUAUCUGCACUUGCAGUGCUUGGUCUUGUUCUGAUUAGAUUUUUCCUAGCAGCAAUAUAUUCACUGUAUAUGAAGAUAAAUACCUGGCAGUUGGUUAGAAAGAACACAGACGUGCUUCCAGUGAUUCUGAUGACUACUUGCUACUCUGAGGGAAGAGAGGGCCUUAAAGCCACGCUUGACAGUCUGUGCAUGCAGGAGUACGAUAAAAAGCUUAUUAUUGUUGUUGCCGAUGGGUUUAUAACAGGCGCAGGGAAUGAUGCCUCCACACCAGAGAUUCUUAAGUCUCUUAUUACACCAAAAAAUGGAAGUGCCACCGCUGGAAUGCCUACUACAGCAAAACAGUACAUUUCCAUCGCAGCGGGCGCUAAAAAGCUAAACCACGCAGAAGUGCAUCCAGGAACCUAUUCUGUGGAGACUAAGCACGGUGUGGUCACUUCGGAUAUCAUUCUCAUCCUGAAGACAGAGAACCGAGGGAAGAGAGACAGCCAAAUGGUUAUAAUGAGCUUUUUCCAUCACGUGCUGUACAGAACACGGUUAACACAGCUUGACCUUGACUUAUACAAGAAAAUAAAGGCACUAUCUCGGAUUGCACCUGACGAGUUUGGGGCUAUUCUUAUGGUGGAUGCAGACACAACGGUUAGGCAGGGGGCUGUUAGAAUAAUGGCUAGAACAAUGCAGAGUGAUAAGUCUAUCAUGGGAAUAUGCGGAGAAACUCUGAUAUCAAAUAAGUUUGAUUCUUGGGUUACUGCAAUACAGGUAUUUGAGUACUAUGUAAGUCACCAUUUAGCAAAGGGAUUUGAAAGUGUUUUCGGCAAUGUGACGUGUCUUCCAGGAUGCUUUUGCAUGUACAGACUGAAGCUUGAGAGAAAGAACGGGUGCACGCCCAUUCUUGUUUCUCCAACCGUUCUGCAUGCGUAUGGCAGCGAUGAAACAAAGACGCUCCAUGAGAAGAAUCUACUGCUUCUAGGAGAGGAUAGGUACUUAACAACACUUCUUCUCAAAAACUAUCCAAAGAAGAAGCUUGUUUUUGUUCCCAGCGCACUGUGUGAUACCAUUGUUCCAGACAACUUUUCAGUUCUUCUAAGUCAGAGGCGAAGGUGGAUUAACUCCACAAUACAUAAUCUCUUUGAGUUGCUUCGUGUGGAUUUAUGCGGCACCUUCUUCUUUUCGAUGCAAUAUGUGGUGAUCUUAGAGCUAUUUGGUACUUUGGUGUUGCCGGCUGCAAUGGUUUUUACGCUGGUUUUGGUCAUUUCUUCCCUUAUAUGGGUGCCUGUUUGGAUUCCUCUAUUUCUUCUUUUCUGCAUCCUUGGACUGCCGUCCUUACUAAUUUUCUUUACAAAUUUCAAUCUCUUCUACUUUGUCUGGCUUAUUAUCUAUCUGUGCUCUUUGCCUAUAUGGAACUUUGUUCUUCCAAUCUAUGCUUUCUGGCACUUUGAUGAUUUCUCCUGGGGAGAAACCAGGCAAAUCACUGGAGGUGCACCAAAAGGCGGGCAUGGAGAAGGGGAAGAGGACCCGUCCAUAGACUCAAGUAUGAAAGCCUCGCUAGUUGACUUUGAAAACAUUGAAUAAUCUGCAUUCUGUGAUCUAUUUAGAGCUGCAGAGUUGUGCAUAUGCACAUUUGUAC